UUAGAAAAUUUUCCUCUUUUAUGAGCGAGCCGCAUGGACGGCGAUGGAUACUCCAAAUUGCCCAUACAAAGUUCCCCCUCUUUAUUAUCUAUCUUUGGCCAAAAAAGGUGAAAGAACAACAUAAAAUUCCUGUAUUUCUUUUCACUUUGUACCUUCUUCUUUGGCCUUCACAAUACCAAAUCUAAUUUGGGCAUCUUUAAUUCCCAUGUUCUUUCUAGGGUUUUGAAUUUCCCCCCUCCCUGGUUAUCCCUAAUUAUUCAUCAAGUUCCAAUUUUCAUUGUCUGGGUACUUUUAGAUCUCCGUUUUUUUUUUAAAAAAAUUUCGGAUCCUUUUUUGUUAUCGUAAAAAAAAAAAAUUCAAUGUCACAAGGUUUCUCAAUUGAGCUUUACUUCGAUCCAGCACUUGAGAACCAGGUCUUAAAAGCUUGGAAUGUUUUGGCUCGUCGUCAAAUCAGCACUCAGUUAAUUGAAAUCGAAUCAAGGCCUCACAUUACUCUCUUUUCAAGCCCUUUUCUCGAUCCUGCAAAGCUUGAAUCCGUUAUAAAGUCCUUUGCUUCAAAGCAAGAACCUUUACCUAUUUCUUUUUCUUCAAUUGGGGCUUUCCCAAAUGAAAACAAUGUUCUCUUCCUUUCACCAGCUCCAACAAUGACGCUCCUACAAUUCCAGGCUCAGGUAUGUGAGGCAAUUAAAAAAGAAGGGAUUGAAAUUGGGGAAGAGUUUAAAGCUGAUGCUUGGAUCCCUUAUUGUCCCGUAGCUCAAGAAGUGCCUAAAACAAGAAUGGCUGAGGCUUUUUGUGUGUUGAGAGAGUUGAAAUUGCCUGUUUCUGGGUAUGCAAUGGAUAUUGGAUUAGUGGAGUUUUCACCUGUUCGUGAACAUUUCUCAUUUGGACUUGGGAAUACCAUAGACACAUAGAGAUUUGGAAGGUCCAUUAUACAGUGUGGUGACGAGCUGAGUAGGCAGUGGAUAUGACACAGGUAAAUUCUAUCAAAGGGGACCGGAGAGUUUUCUUCAGAAGUCGGUAAAAAAUCAGAAAACUAAGCUAGUAAAAAAGGAAAUUGACAGUUUUUCCUUUUGUUUUCAGUUAUCUCUGAAUAACCUGAACUGAAACUAUUAAUGCAUGUUUAUGGUUUGUUGUAAA